UUACAGGAAGCGAGCAGGAGAGAGAAAUUUAUGCUUUUAAAACACUCUUUCUGUGGAUAAGCAUGGCGUCUUUAAACAGACUGCGAUUCCUAAUAACUUUUCAAAGAUUUGAGAAUGUAAAUAAUUUUAUAUCGAACCCACGAAGUCGUAACUUUGUGUCAUAUUCACGUUUCGCUUCAGGGAGAUCGUUCACCUUUCACAAUAAGGGCAUGAAUGCCGCUUGUCAUUAUAAAGUAGCUGAAGGGAACUGCAGGCGUUUCUGUUCUGUUACAGCCAACAGACUGUGUUGGAAAUGCGGAUCUUCUGCUGAAUUAUUCUUCUGUUCAUCCUGUAAAGUGAUUCAACCUCCUAUUGAUAACACCAACUAUUUUUGUAUAUUGAACUGUGAACAAAAGUUUUCUCUGGACAUUCAGAAACUUCAGAGAACGUUCAUUGAACUGCAAAGAUCUCUGCAUCCUGACAACUUCAGCCAGAAAUCAUCGAAAGAACAAGAAUUUUCAGAAACACAAUCAGCCCUGGUAAACAAAGCUUACAGAACGCUACAGAAGCCUUUGAGUCGGGCCAUCUACAUGCUGGAGCUACAAGGUGUUUUACUGGAGGACGGUACGGAUGCCAACGCCGACCCUUGUUUUCUCCGUGAAGUCAUGGAGGUCAACGAGAGCCUCGCAGAGACUCAGAACCAAGAUGAGGUCGACGCUAUCGGUCAGUCGGUGCGAGGGAAAUUAAAAGAUUUGAUCGAACAGAUGAAUUCAUCACUGAACAAAGGGGAUCUGCUGACCGCCAAAGGGCUUCUGAUCCGAAUGAAGUACUUUACAAAUAUAGAAGAGAAAGUGAAAAAGAGAAUUACGGAGCGUUGGUAAGGGAGCGUGACAAAUUUGUAAAUAACUUAAACUUCUGUAAUUUGUCAGACGUGACUGGGUCAAAAUGUGACACUUGUGCUCACACAUUUUUAAAGUACUAUUUAUUGUUAUAAAUAUUUAUUAUUUCUUUGUUUCUUGGAUUGUUUUUUUGACAAAUAAAUAAAACA